UCAAGGAUAGCGCUAACGAUAAACUGAUUUAUCGAAAACCUACCAUUGGCAUUGAGGCAUUUGAGUGACGGAUUAAGUAGAUAUAUUUACAAUAUUAUCAAGACCAACAGGUUGCCUAUAUUUCAACAGCUGAUAUAAAAAAAUAGGAUUUAAAAUGGGAAGUAAACUAACGUUUUUGGAAAUUCUCUUUAUUGCGAAUACAAUGAUGAUACUGGCUUUCUACUCAAAUGCAGCAAAUAAUAAACGAGCGCUGCCCAAGGAGGAGUCAUGGAGGAAAUGUCGAACCAAAGAUUUGCUUGCAUUUUUGCGAAAAGACUACGACAACCAUGUUGCACCAGGACAGCCUCUUGAACUCAAUGUAGAAUUGGUGAUUGAAUCUUUUGACGACAUUAAAGAAUCAUCCAUGGAAUUUUCACUCUAUGUGUAUUUGGUUCAGAGGUGGACAGAUUCCCGGCUGAAGAAUGUAGUUAAAACACCAACAGUUGUAACUGGGAAAGAUAUUAACUUAUUUUGGAUACCAGAUACCUACUGUGUUAACGCGCGACAGAGUGAUUUGAUGAUGACAGACGAACACACACAUAGCAUGAUUAAAUUAGACGAGCUUGGUAGAUUGACCUACAGUAGAGGAGCCUAUUUGAAAACAUCGUGUUUAAUGGAUUUGCGAGAUUUUCCAAUGGAUCAUCAAAAGUGUUCAGUUCACUUCUCUUCAUAUGGUUAUUCGGUGAAGUCUGUUUUAUAUACAUGGAACGAUGAAGGAAAGGUCUCCACCUCGAGCACAUUGAUCAGAGAGUUGGCACAAUUUGUGUUAUCAACAUCUUCAUCUUCCACUCGCAAUGUUAUUUAUUACUCCGGUAAUUUUACUGUUUUAACCGCGACAUUUGAAUUCAAGCGUCGUGUUGGCUACUACUUACUCCAGGUAUAUUUGCCUUGUGCUAUUCUCGUGAUGUUAAGUUGGAUCGCGUUCUGGAUGGACAAAUGUGACACUGGGAACCGUCUUACAGUUGGUGUGACCACGAUCUUAACCAUUAUGUUUCUGCUAAGUUAUGGAAAUUCGUCGGUGCCGAAAAUGAGUUAUGUUAAAGCAAUGGAUAUUUAUCUGUUAUCGUCAUUUGCGUUCAUUUUCUUCAGCCUUAUUGAAUCCGUGCUUUGUUGGAGGUUUGAAAGUCUUGUUUCAAGACAGAAAGAAAGUCAUAAUGCAACGCCCAAACAUAUGUCGGCAAACGACGUUCCUCCUGCCCUGAAUGAAAACAGUCAUUGGCGAGGUCUCAAUAAGAGGAUAAACAGUGUAUCGAAACCGACACCAGGGGAUAACAGUGAGAACAGUGCCCCCAAUCCUCCUAAUCAAGAAAAGGAUGACCUUAUCUUUCAGAAGAUCUCCAAAUGCCUGGACCUGAUGCAAGCAACAAGCAACCGGCAUGAAAUAAAAGGAAAGAAAAAGCCUCGUUAUGAGUUGGAUACAUUUGCUCGCGUCAUUUUCCCCGUUGCCUUCGUUGUGUUUAACAUAAUCUAUUGGUCAGUCUGGCCGAUAGAAGCAUGAUGUCUUUAUUAUGGAUUUCACAAGUCGCUGAGCCGAAACACUUAUAUUAGUUACAUAUAGACUCAGUGUAGUUUAAACCCAUUUUAGGCUUUCAAUCUCGAGAAAGCAUAAAAAAAUACAUCGUUAAACUUUGAUCCUCUAUAACCGUUAUCGGUGUAAUUUCAAGAAACGUUUUAGGUCUGUCAUUUGGAAAAACGUUUACUAUGUGAUUGCAUGCAUUUAAAUGUUUGCAUGUUCAGCCAUAAACAAGACAAGUUCCUAAAGUGUUCUUUACAGU